CAGUGGUCGGCUGUGGGUCCCGGGAGAUGCUGCUGUUGCUGCUGCAGCUCUGUUGCACUCCGCACAGCUGUUAAGGGCGCCGGGAUCCUGGGGCCAUGCAGCCCAGGUCUGUGCAGCCCCGAGCGGCGCUCACUGCGCUCCUCACCGCAGUCCUGGCUUGGCCGCGGGAAGGAGGGAGCCGUCUGCUGAGUGGACAGCCAAUCUGCAGAGGAGGGACUCAGAGGCCAUGCUAUAAAGUUGUGUACUUCCAUGAUGCUUCCAGGAGGGUCAGCUUUGAUGAAGCCAGCAUGGCCUGCCGCAGGGAUGGAGGUCAGCUAGUCAGUGUCGAGUCUGAAGAUGAACAGAGGUUGAUAGAAAAAUUCAUUGAAAACCUCCUGGCUUCUGAUGGGGACUUCUGGAUUGGGCUUCGAAGGCGUGAGGAGAACCAGGGCAACAACAGCACAGCCUGCUCAGAUCUGUAUAUGUGGACAGAUGGCAGCACAUCGACAUUUCGGAAUUGGUAUGUGGAUGAGCCUUCCUGUGGGAGCGAAGUCUGUGUUGUUAUGUACCACCAGCCAUCAGCUCCAGUGGGCAUUGGAGGCCCCUACAUGUCUCAGUGGAAUGAUGACAGAUGUAACAUGAAGAACAAUUUCAUCUGCAAAUAUUCUGAGGAGAAACCAAUACUGGCAGCUACUUCUAUGAUAUGGAGUCAUUUACCUGGAGGUGAUAAAAGAGAACCGGUAACUCCAACGCUUCCAGAAAGAUUCCUGAAAGAAGAUGCUAAUGGUACAGUUAAAGAAACCAAAGGAGGUGAUUUGAAUCUUGCCUACAUCCUUAUUCCCAGCAUUCCCCUCUUCCUGCUUCUGGUGGUCACUACCGUCAUAUGUUGGUUAUGGAUCUGUGGAAGGAGGAAACGAGAGCAGACAGAAAGCACAAAGGAACCAAACAUUUGGCCACCUCCCCAUAGAAGAAAUAGUCCUGAUCUGGAAGUUUAUAAUGUCAUAAGAAAACAAAGUGAAGCAGACUUAACCGAACCUCGGCCAGACCUGAAGAACAUUUCAUUCCCCCGGUCUGGAGGAGUCACUCCCAAUGACUUGUCUUGUGACUAUGAUAACAUAGUAGUGAACGCCUCUGAGAGUGGUUUUGUGACUUUGGCAAGCAUGGAAAGUGGAUUUGUGGCCAAUGAUAUCUAUGAACUAUCCCCUGAGAGGAUGGGCAGGAAUAAGGAGUCUGGCUGGGUAGAAAAUGAAAUCUACGGUUAUUAGAUAAUGUGGGAAAGUUUGAACUGACAACAAAGUAGAAAAGAAAGAGAAAAAAACAUUUCUACUUUGAAUAAAACUGGCAGGACUGGAAUAAGGCUGCCUGAACAUUUGGAUGGACCUGUGGUCUCAUCAGUAUGGAGAUUCCCUCCAGCCCUGAAGAUCUCAACUUGGCUGUGCUUGCCCAUCCUGUGCAGUAUUACUUAUGUCCCCACUUAAAUCUGCUAGAGGGGAUCCACUCCACUCUCUGGUUCUGUUGGUUUUAUAAUGAUAGCAGCAGAGCAUGCAAACCGUGCAUCAGUUACAUAGCUCUUACUAUGUGACUGGCCCAUUUUUUCCCAGUCAUACAUUUUUGUUUUAACAUCUUUUGCACUGUUUCUCCAGCACAAUUGCCUAUGUCCUAUGUUGCAGCCUGCUCAUGCCCACACUAUGUACUUCACUACCCUUUUGGGUGAUCUGCAAUUUCAGUUUUUUGAAGCUACAGCAUUUCAUAACUCACACUAUACAAUACCACCAGAAGAAUGUUGAUGUUAAAAAGAUGGGCCUUUGUGUCAGGGAAAAGCUCGGGGUCAUUAAAAAAAAAUAGUAUAAUUUUCCAAAGGCAAUCCAACCUAGUCACCAUCCCUCUUGGACCUAGCUUAUUUUCCAGUUGCAUUGUCUGUCUAAGAUACAUCGACUUAUGGCUGUCUUCUACAGAUUGUCCAUCUAACAACUCACCAUAAUUCCAACAAAAGGCAUUUUUAUCUACUAGAUUUUCUUGUAUGGGUGGUUAAGUCAAAGACUUAACAUUCCAGACCUUGAUGAAAUCAGCAGAAUGGCCCCCAUAAAUACAAGCAUUUGGAUACCUUCUAAAAGAAAGCUCUUUUUUGACAUGUAUUCUAUACUAAACAUCCUCCAUAUUGGUGGCAAAUACUUUUGGCAAGCAUAAACUUCCUGGUUCAUGCUUUGCUUGAUAAAAAUUAGAAUCAACGAACAAAGUUAUUUCUCUUAUUAAAAAAUUUCAAGGAAUCUUGUAGGAAUUUGACAAAUGCAUGGUGCCUGGCAUGAGAAAAAUAAGUUCAGAUAUGGAAACAAUGAAGAGAUUUUUUUUUUCCUGGUUGUCAAAAUUUUGUUAGUUCCUUUUAUUCCAGUAUCCUCUACCAGGGUAGGUCCCAACCUUGUCUUAAUCAAAGGGCAACAAUGGUGGUGCUGGAUAGUGAAGGUUGGGCAAUUUCCUUCUGGGUUCUAAUUUUGUGGCCCUUGGCCAUGGCACAAAAAUUAAUUGCACGUAUACAAUCAUGAAAAUACAUUAGCUUGCUGUCUUCUGUUUCCCAGGGCACAUGUGGGAGAACCUGACUGUAUGAAAGAAUAUUCUCUUAUCUGUAUGUCCCACAGAACAAGAAUGAAAUAAAAGGUGAAAGGAUAACAAAUCA